AUCAGCACAGUUUGUUAACAGUCCUAGUCGAUUCUAGGAGGUUUCAACUAAUUCCGAUCGUAAAACUUAGUCUAACAGCUAACCUAUAUCCCGAGUGUUAGAGUGUUUCCAUAAGAGUGUCGUGUGUUGUGUCCUUGCCAUAAAUAUAAUUUCAAAACAAUCUAUUUACCUUCCUGCAAAAACAAUAAAAGGAAUAUCACAAUGAAACCAUUCAUCAUUUUGGCUGCGUUCUUGGUGUCAACAUGCUCAGCUUCGAUAUAUGGUGCCCUCUCAACUCAAUAUCACACCCAAGAUAAACUUGGUCAAUAUUCAUAUGGCUAUGCGGAUCCAAACUCACAAAAAAAUGAAGUCCGCUUACAUGAUGGUGUGACACGUGGAUCGUAUUCGUAUGUGGAUGCUAAUGGUCAUGUGCAAUCGGUGUCAUAUGUUGCAGAUCCUCAUAAUGGAUUUAAUGCUGUUGGAACAAAUUUCCCCAAAGGACCAGCACCCGGACCAAUUGCCCAUGCAGCUCCAUUGGCUUAUGCCGUUCCAGCUCAUGCUGCUCCCGUUGCGCUACACAAUGGCGUGCCAAUCGAUACUCCUGAAGUUCAAUUGGCUAAAGCAGCUCAUUUCGCUGCUCACGCUGCAGCACGUUCCGGCCAUCACCUCUACAAAAGAUCUCUGUACCCCGGACCAUGGGCAUACGCUCCACAACACGUGCCAGUGAUCGUCAAUGGUGUCCCUGUAGAAACCCCCGAAGUUCAACAUGCUAAGGCUGCCCAUUAUGCCGCUCAUGCCGAGGCUCGUGGUCAUUUACCUUCAAAUGGAGCUCCAAUUGAUACUCCUGAGGUUCAACAUGCUAAGGCUGCUCACUAUGCCGCUCACAGUGCAGCCCGCGCUGGAAUCCCAGUUGUGCCACAAUCGUACCACGUGCCAAUCAUCCACAAUGGUGUUCCUGUAGACACACCCGAAGUCCAACACGCUCGAUCUGCCCAUUAUGCUGCUCUAGCUGAGGCAUCUGCCCGUGCUGGAAGUGGACCGGCUCCUCACUAUGCUCCCACCUACAACCACGGACCAAUCCACAUCCCUGUGAUUCAAAAUGGAGUACCUGUUGACACACCUGAAGUACAACAUGCUAGAGCCGCUCACCUUAAUGCAUUGGCUGCUGCCAGCCAUGGAAGCGCCCCAGCUGGAUACGCUGAAGAUGACGGACAGUACCGCGAACAUUACAAUCAAUGGUAACAAUAGCGACAACCUGCAAACACCUUAUUCUCAUCUCACCACCCACUGCCACAGCAGGAGAGGACCACUAACAAGGGUCUUGCCUGGAUAAAUAACCUAAUAGAUGCAUCCUCUUUAUCCCUCCUCUGAUGCCAAUCAAAACGUAAUCUUCUAUCAAUCAAUCAUAAUCACACUCAAAUCAUUAACGAUAUAUGACUUAUGAAAAGCCCGAGCAUUUAACCCCUGCGUAUGAAUGCAACGGUAUCGAAUUUAAUUAAUAUAAAAAAUAUAUCUUAGUCAAUACAGGCUACAAACACAGGCACUCACAUGUACAUACCAAUAUAAUUUUACAAAUGUAAACGUCUUUUAUUUUUAUUAUUUUUAUUAUUACAAAGCAAAUGAAAUAAAAAAAUCAUACAAAAUAAUACAAAAAAAUUUAAAAUUA